AUGCCCAAGGAUGGAUAUCCUGCUGAGAGGCCCAUUCCAACGAAGCUGAUGGCAUAUAUGAAGACGAGGGAGGUAAGAAGGACAUACAGAUGUGUACGCGAGGCACUAGAACUAGUAACUCGAACCCCGGCACGCAUAGGGACAACCCAAGUGGGAUACGAAAAAGAAAGACCCUUACCCGAGGGGGAGGGAGCCAGGAGAGAGAGGGAGCAGAAGAGGAAGAGGCAGGAAGCCAAACAACAAAGGGAGGAGGAAAAGAAAAGGAAAGAGAGGGAAGAACGAGAGAGGCACGAGGAAGAAGAGAGAAAAACGAUAGAAGAUGCCCUGUGUCGCCAAGAACAAUCUUCAAGCUCUGACGUAGAGGACCUAGAGGAAGAAGAGAGUGAGGAUGAGAGCUCUUCCUCAUCUGAUAGCGAUGAGGGCAACGAGGAAAGAGUCGGAGAAACUGCUUUGGGUCAGAAAGAGCCAGAGCAGCCUAGGAUGCAGAAUAGGCACAUAUAUAUUCCAAGCCCAACUCCAAGUGCAUCCACCCAAUCAGACUCUGUUGGUCGAACAACUGGAGUCAUUAAACAAGUGGCGCACACCUCGAACCCUAAACAGCCAAACCAGCCAGAGGUCGCAUCUGCCUCUGAAUCUGUUUAA